AUGGCACAGAAGGCAGGAGACCUUGGCUGGCGACUCAGUCUGUUGCUGCUGUCUUUGCUCCUGGCUCGAGCUGGUGUCUGGGGAUUCCCAAGGCCCCCAGGGAAGCUGAGCCAGCAGGAGCUGCAGAGGGAGUUCAAGAUCAGCCUGCGUCUUGCCAGAAAGCUGUUCUCCGAGAUUCGAAUCCAGGCCCAUCACUUUGCUGACUCUCACCUACCUGGAGUGAACCUAGACUUCCUGCCUCUGGGAGAAAAACUCCCCAAUGUGUCCUUGACCUUCCAGGCAUGGCUCGACCUCUCGGAUGCAGAUCGGCUUUACUUCCUUUCCAUGGCACUUCGUCCCUUCCAUGCCCUGUUAGAAGAGUUGGGGAACCAGGGGCUCUGGAACAAAGCAGAGAGGACGAGGCUGUGGGCUGCACGCCUGGAUCUCCGAGACCUGCAAUGGCAUCUCCACUUUCAGGUGCUGGCUGCAGGACUCAACCUCCCUGAGGAGGAGAAUGAGGUGGGGCAAGCGCUAUAUCCAGGGGCUCUAGGCAGCGCCUCACACAUAAGGCCAGCCAGAGUGUCCUGGCCACAGCUCCUAUCUGCCUACCAGUUGCUGCACUGCUUGGAACUUGUCUUGUCCCGGGCUGUGCGGGACUUGGUGCUGCUCUCUCAGGCUGGGAACCCUGCCUGA